AUGACUUCCCACGAAGGUAGUUCCAGAUAUCUUGUCAAAGAUAGCAGUAACCUCAAAGGUAGACUUUUAUAAUUACAUUUUGCAUGUGAAAAGAUUUUUCAGAACUGUAUCGGUGUCCAGAUUGUGGUAAAACUUUCACAUGUAUUCCUUUGUUGUGCAAACAUCAGGAUAUCGUUCAUAAACAAGAACACUUCUGCAAAAUCUGCAAUAAAGCAAUUUCAGGUUUCUUUUAAUUGCAAAAAAAACGAGAUUAUUUUGAAGAAUUAUUUCCUUUUGGAAAAAUACUUUCGAUAAUCGUAGAAAAAAUUUAUGUGUAUUUUUUUUUACUUACAAACGUGAUUGCAAACACCUGAAUUGAGGCUUCCUCAGAGAAACAAACGGUAAACGUUCACAUGGUUGUCACGCACGAUCUAACGAAUGCGAUCACUUGCGCAUGCUGUUCUUGGACCUUUCCCGAUAGACAUGUAAUGAUUCUGACUUUCAUAUAAAAUCACAAAAAACGUCUUCUCACACUUUAUUCUUAGGAAAUGAAUGAACACAUGAAUAGCCUCAGCAGAAACGGACAUCCCGGUAUUUCCAUCGUAAUCGCUACCAGCAGACAUAAACCAGGUUUCCAAUGUUUAAAAUUUUUUCUUUCAAAAUUUCCUGAAUGAUACAUUUAUGUUUCAGGAUCCCUUCGCCUACCCGAAAAACCGUCGAUUAAGCUAAAAUCCGAAAAUAUAAAUCCUGAAAAACAAAAGAAAGAGGCUAUUGUCACACCUGUUCAGAUAAAGGUAAGAUUUUCGCUUGGGGAAUAUUUUUCAUUCAACGGGAAAAAUAAUUGAUUGACCAGAAAAGUUAUACAAAUAAAGCAAAAAAUACGUAGUACGAAUAUUAGUGACAGUUUUCGGAAAAUUCUUGGAGUUGUCAAAAAUUUUGGUGUUAGUUCAAAAAACCUUUUUUUGUGAAGAAGUAGAGUUUUUGAACGUUUUUUGACCUAUUUUCGAAUAUUUGAUUAAGAAAUUUAUUAAAAAAAUUACAACUUUGUAUACAUUUUUGAAUCGAUUCGGUUGUUUCGAAGUUUCUAUAUAGGCAGAGUUAAUUCUUAAAAAAAUAACCAACCAAAAUUAAAAAAAAGAAUCUUAAGGCCACUAAAAUCCACACACUCUCCCCAUCACUUCUCACAGUCACCGAGUCGAUCCUCUGGGACACUAUUAAAUCUGCGAAAAAUACUUGA